GAGACUCUACUAGAAAGCAAUUGUUUCCGUGUAAUAAAGAAGCGCUUAGUUUUAACCUUUGGUGAUUUUGUUUUGUGAGUUUGAUAAUAUACGCCAUAAUGUCAGCUCAAAUUGUUCCCGAUUCUCAAUGGAAAGCACCAGCUACGCUUGAUUCAAAAGAGUCUAUGAAAAGAGUGCAAGACAUCAUAGGUGAUUUUGAUCCAGAUCACACUAUGAAAUAUUAUGACUAUUGGUCACAACAUUAUGAAAAGGAUUUAGAGGUUCUUGACUACACGGUUCCCGAUGAAAUUGUGGAUGGACUUUUGAAAUUUGUCCCGAACGAGAAAUGGAGGGAAAGUGGAUUUCAGGUUCUGGAUAUUGGUUUAGGCACUGGACAAAUGGCUAUAGCUUUACACAAGAAGACCGGAUACUCUGGGCCAAUAGAUGGUGUGGACGGAAACGAAAAAAUGAUGGAAAAAGCUCGGGUAAAAGGAAUGUACAGGGAUCUUAAAUUGCAUUUGCUGAUGGAAGACAGUCCUAUGCCAAAUGAAAGCAACAAAUACGAUGUUGUUGUUUGCUGUUGUGCAAUGGUGCCUGGACUGAUUCAACCCGAAUGCCUUCCGGACAUGGUACGGGUCGUAAAACCUGGAGGUUACUUCUUUUUCACAACCCGAUCGACUGACGGGAACCAAGGGUUCAAAAACCGAGUUGACAACCAGAUAAAGAAAUUGCAGGACAGUGGGCACGUCCGUGAGUUGAUGACCAAAAUUGUGCCUCAGUACAGUUGGCCAACAGCGGAAGACAAAAGUGAAAAACAAUGCAUAUCUGCGAUUUUAUAUGGCAUGGAGAAGCUUAAAGCAACAGAGUAGUGACAUUUUGCCGUCUCUAGCAGUGUACUUGUUAGUUGCCCUAUAUGCAAAAUAUCCAGUUAUCCCAAUAUCAAAUUUCUGAGAAUGAACUCAUAGCGGGAAAAGAUACUUGCCAACUUUUUUUUUAUGUAUAUACAGCAAUUUUGAGGCAAAAAAAAUUAUUUAGUAUUUUGUUAUUGCAAAAUGAUUAUCAAUGUUCUUGGCAUAAUAUUUGAAAAUAUGAAAUGAAUAAUGAAAUA